GGGGCUACUCUGAAAUUUCAAUAGAAAUCCCCGAGAAAACUGCGACGGAGUCAGAGACAGCUAAAUCGGAGAUCCCAAUCGGAAAGGAAAAUGGAGACCGCCGGAAAAUCAGUGCCGACGGGAUGCUACAAGUGUGGCCUCCCGGGCCACUGGUCCCGCGACUGCCCAUCCGAUCCCAUCCAAAACUCAAACUCAAACUCAAACCCUAACCCUAGACCUAGCCUUCCUCCUUCUUCGUCGAUCCCCCAUCCCUCCGGCGCAGCUAGGGCCACCAGCUUCGAAGACAAACCGGCGAAGCCGAAGAAGGUCCCCAUGAAGCGACCCAAGCUCACGCCGGAGCUCCUCUUAUCCGACGACGGCCUCGGUUAUGUCCUUCGCCACUUCCCUCGCAACUUCAAGUAUCGUGGCCGCGGCAACGAGGUUAGUGAUCUGGGAAACUUAAUUGGCAUGUACCGGGAAUGGCACUCUCAUUUGAUUCCCUAUUACUCAUUUGAUCAGUUUGUUCGUAAGGUAGAACAAGUGGCUGCCUCAAAACAAGUAAAGAGAUGCAUUGGAGAAUUAAGGGAGAGAGUUGCUAGUGGUAGGGAUCUGACGAAGUUGCAUGAAUCACCUUCACCGGAGGAAGAUGGUGUAAACAAUGACCAAGGACUUUCAACACCUUUCGAACCCACAGAUACCGAGGAAACGAGACAACAUGCGAGAGAAUCAUCAAAUAACACCAAUGCUGAUGACUUACCACAAGACAUACUUCAUGAGAUCUAUGAGAAAGCUCUUGAAGAUGCACCUCGGAGCACCCAAGGGCAUGAUGUCUUGGAUUUGGUGAAUGCAUCACAGAAUCAAGUUACAAAUACGGUGACUAGUAAACACACCAAAAGCCAGAUCUCGGAUGAGCAAAAAGCUCGCAUGGAACUCAACAGACUCAAGGCAUUGGAGAAGGCUGCAGCUCGUUCUCGUUCUCAACAAGGAAGCUAACUCGGGCUAUUUGUAUCGUACAUGUCCUCCAAUGCUACUUGUUGCUUCUAAUGGGCAUGGCACACCAGGAAUUCUAGAUAUCUGGAAAGUAUUUUAUCGCUGAAAUCUUUUAUUAUCUUGAUCUGUGACUUCUCCCGUACAGGAUGUGAAGUCCAUUACUUCUUCGAUUGAUCCAAAACUUUUGCUCUUUUUUCCAAGCAAGAAAAACGGAUUGUUCUACAUGGUGAUCGCAUUGUUGCAGUUUUGUCUUAGCUACGACUGUAAUUGGAGGUGACUUGUUGAUAUCAGAAAAUCAAUGGGCUUCUUAGGUGAA